GAAGAGAAAAUAAUCCUCCCACUCCUCAACCUAAAUUAACCUACAUUGCCAAUCCUUAUGAGAGAUUUCGACCUUUUAUGGCUAAUUUUUUACCAGUGAUUAGAAAACAAUUAAAUAAGUUAAAACAGAGAGUUUUUAAUAAUGAAGUAGUCCAAUUAAAGAAUGAACAAGGAGAAUUGUUAAGUCUUUACAAGCCUACUCCCUGUUUAAAAGAGAAUGAAUGUAAAUGUAUUGAUGAAAACUGUGUGGAAAAUUGA